AUGGCGGUAAACCGCAUUCGGGGCGCCUUUGCGCCGCCUCGAAAGGGAGAGACAUUUGAGCUGCGGGCUGGUCUCGUGUCCCAGUAUGCAUACGAGCGCAAAGAGUCGAUUCAAAAGACCAUCAUGGCCAUGACGCUCGGCAAGGAUGUCUCAGCCCUGUUCCCCGACGUGUUGAAGAAUAUCGCCACCUCCGACCUGGACCAAAAGAAGCUUGUCUACCUGUAUCUGAUGAACUAUGCUAAAUCGCAUCCCGACCUCUGUAUUCUUGCCGUCAACACCUUCGUACAAGACUCCGAAGACCCGAAUCCGCUAGUAAGAGCGCUGGCCAUUCGAACCAUGGGCUGCAUUCGGGUAGAUAAAAUGGUCGAUUACAUGGAGGAACCGCUGCGCAAAACGUUACGAGACGAGUCCCCCUACGUUCGAAAGACGGCCGCCAUCUGUGUGGCCAAGCUCUUUGACCUCAAUCCGACCAUGUGCAUCGAAAAUGGAUUCUUGGAGACGCUGCAGGAAAUGAUUGGCGACCCCAACCCCAUGGUCGUUGCCAACUCGGUCCAGGCGCUCGCCGAGAUUACGGAAACGGCGCCCGAAACCAACGCGCUCAUCAUUACACCAGCGACGCUCAAGAAGCUGAUGCUUGCCCUCAAUGAGUGCACAGAAUGGGGCCGCGUGACGAUUCUAAGCACCUUGGCAGCCUAUGCCGCUACCGACGUCAAGGAGUCGGAACAUAUUUGCGAGAGAGUGGCACCUCAGUUCCAACACGUUAAUCCGAGCGUUGUUCUCGCUGCCAUCAAGGUCGUCUUUACGCACAUGAGAUCGAUAAACCCGGAGCUCGUGGGCGCAUACCUCAAGAAGAUGGCCCCUCCUCUAGUCACACUUGUUGCUUCGGCGCCUGAAGUCCAAUACGUUGCUCUUCGAAACAUUGAUCUCUUGCUUCAGGCCAAGCCCGAUAUCCUCAGCAAAGAGCUUCGCGUCUUCUUCUGCAAAUACAACGACCCCCCCUACGUCAAACUUCAGAAGCUCGAGAUCAUGGUCAGAAUAGCAAACGAAAAGAACUACGAGCAGCUCCUCUCUGAGCUCAAGGAAUAUGCGCUGGAAGUCGACAUGGACUUUGUCCGCAGGGCAGUCAAGGCUAUCGGUCAGGUGGCCAUCAAGAUUGAGAAUGCCAGUGCCAAAUGCGUCGAGGCACUGGAGGACCUGAUCUCCACAAAGGUCAACUACGUCGUGCAAGAAGUGGCAGUUGUGAUUAAGGAUAUUUUGCGCAAGUACCCCAGCUACGAGGGCGUUAUCCCCACGCUGUGCAAGUACGUCGACGAGCUGGAUGAGCCCGAGGCUCGGGCGUCAUUCAUCUGGAUUGUGGGAGAGUAUGCUGAAAAGAUUAACAAUGCCGACCAGAUUCUGGAAGGCUUUGUCGACGGCUUCAUGGAGGAAUUUACCCAGACCCAACUGCAGAUAUUGACGGCUGUUGUAAAGCUGUUCUUGAAAAAGCCCAGCAACAGCCAGAACCUAGUUCAAAAGGUGCUGCAAGCGGCCACUGUAGAAAACGACAACCCCGAUAUCCGCGACAGAGCAUAUGUCUACUGGCGACUGCUGUCUGGCGACUUGGAUGUUGCCAAGAACAUUAUUCUCUCACAAAAGCCCACGAUUACCACAACAAUGACCAGCUUGCCACCCGCCCUUCUGGAACAACUGCUGAUGGAACUCUCGACACUGGCCUCGGUCUACCACCGGCCCCCAGAGUCUUUUGUCGGCAAGGGCCGUUUCGGCGCCGACGAAAUUCAGCGGGCGGCCAUCCAAGAACAACGCCAAAACGCGGCCGAGAACCCCAUUGCGGCGUCGGUUGCCGCGGCCAAUGGCCCCGGCUCCGCCCAAACCAACAUUGAGAACCUGCUGGACAUUGACUUUGACGGGGCGGCGCCCGCGUCGCGCGAGCAUGGCAGCGCCUCGCAAACGCCCGACCGCGUGGCUAGCCCGGCGGCCGGUGCGGCGGCAUCGGGGGGCAUGGCCGACAUGAUGAGCAUGUUUGAUGCCCCAGCUCCGGCAACGGCUGCCCCCGGCGGCAGCAGCGGCAUGAAUGACUUGAUGAGCGGCUUCGACGGCAUGAGCUUUGGCGCGCCGCCGGCUAGUGGUGCGCAGAAUGCGCAGGGCGAGGGGUCGCAACCGCACCAGCAAAAACAGCAGGGGGCGAGUGACGACCUUUUGGGACUGCUGUAA